AGUCAUGUGUAGUCGUGCAUCUUCAGAUUUUACAACGUAACGACACACAAGAACCCAUUUAUUUUUCAGAUGUAAAUUUGCUCCUUAGUAACUACACAAGCGAUAUUUUUGUUGCGCAGGUUGCGAGUCAUUAGUAAUCGGUUGUUUUCGUGUGGAUGGGAAACAGCUGCGGAUUUUUUUUCUGCGAUGGUCACGGUCACAGUCAUAUGACUCUGGCGUCACUUCCGACAACUUGGGCCCAUGUAAAUAAAUCCAUGCAAACAGUUUAACAUAGACGUCGCAAAAUGCCAAUCCUCUUCAGUGUGAUUGCUCGUGGCACAACAGUGUUGGCUAAAUAUGCUAGCUGUGCUGGGAACUUUACAGAAGUUACAGAACAAAUCUUGGCCAAAAUCCCACAAAAUGAAAACUCAAAGCUGACAUAUUCACAUGGAAGCUAUCUGUUUCAUUAUAUUGCAGAAGAAAAAAUCAUAUACCUCUGCAUCACAGAUGAUGACUUUGAAAGGUCAAAAGCCUUCUCAUUCCUUAAUGAAAUAAAGCGAAGAUUUCAGAGCCAGUAUGGUAUGCGAGCUCAGACAGCACUGCCAUAUGCCAUGAACAGCGAAUUCUCCAGAAUAAUGGCUACACAAAUGCGGCUUGCCUCUGAUGAAAAGCCAGACCAGUUGAGCAAAGUCCAGGAUGAAGUGGAUGAGCUGAAGGGAAUCAUGGUCCGCAACAUAGAUCAGAUAGCAGAGCGGGGAGAACGUUUGGAACUGCUUGUAGAUAAGACCGAAGACCUCAGUGCCCAUUCGGUGACAUUCAAGAAGACAAGUCGAGGACUGGCGCGUUCUUUGUGGUGGAAGAACAUUAAAAUAACUGUCAUUAUUGUUAUUGUUGUCAUAGUUUUGAUUUAUUUCAUCGUAUCAGCUGCCUGUGGUGGACUGGACUGGCCGUGCACGCAUAAAUAGUACAUAUCCAGGAUAAUGGAUCCAAAGUUAUAAAAUGUCCCCAAACCCAGAGCUCUUUUGUUUUGGUCUUAGUCUGUUAUUUUUCUUUCCUGUACUGUGGUGGACUUGGCUUGGUUUACUUCUCAAUUUCUUAAGUUUAUUUAGUGCUUUGUGGAAAGCGACCACCAAAAAUUUCACAUACAACAUAGAUGUUGAAUCAGGGACAUAACUCUAGUGGGCUUAGUGCUGGAAAUCUUGCUAAUUGUGUGGCUAUCAUAAUCUUAGUCCUUUAGUUCGAUAGCAGAUUUAAACAAAAGUAUUUUUCAUUUGUUGGGAGAAUUAUGUUUCUGUACAUGGGAACUACUCUGCUGGGAUUAAUGUUAUUGUGAUUGCAACACAAGUCUGAAAAAUCUGGAUUUAAACAAAAGAAAAUCACAAUAUACCAUAAACAUUAAGCAGAUGGAUGAUCCAUCAUUUGUUUUAAAGGAAAAUUAUUCCUUAUACCUUGUUUGUCUUUGCAUUCCUUGCAGUCCUUUGUUUUGUAUGUUACAAAAUGAAGUGUGAGUAGAGAUAACUGAAGAUGAGUAUGUAAGGUGUGGAGCAAUGUUUGAUAGCCUAAAUGGAGAUGAGUGAGAAUGAUUCAUUCUUUUAAAAAUUGAUGAGACCAAAAACGAAAAGAGCGAAACUCUUCAAUACUUCUCACCUAGAAUUGCUUCACUUUAGAUGGAAAUCAAGAAAAUACUUGUCUUCUAGCAUUAGCACUAGUAUGAGUAUUAGAAAGCCUCAUGGAAGCUUACUUGUCUUCUUGUGAUUGUAAGCCAUGUAAACUGCAUUUAUUUUAUAACAAAACGUGUUUCAGGUAGAGUGACAUGGAUGACAAAAUAAGCAUCACCCAUAUUUAGUUGCUGAUUUGUUGAAGUCUUUUUACAUCCCCACUGUAGUACAUUUAGUGAUUAGCUAUGCCAACUAUCAUCGUUUUUCACUAUACAUUCAUUUUUCACCUAUGAGAAGUUAUUUUGGGGUUGGGUGCUCCUGUAGUGGAAGUGUAUGCAUCUGUGUUCAAAUGUGAUUUUGUAAAAAAACUUGCAAGGAAAGUCCUUAACAGUUAAUAGUGUAUCUGCUUUUUGCCAUUCUCAAAAAUGCACAUUUUAUUUUCAAGAACAGUGUAUAUAAAAUAUGUGUCCUGAACUUUCGGAAGUGUUUUUCAGUUCUUUUCUUCGUCUGAAAAAAAAAGUGAAAACAAUAUCCAGCGCAAUGUACACUUUAUGAUAACAAUAUCUCAUUAUGAUUUAUGAUGAUAUCUCAUUUUGAUUUCUUAAUGACAGCACAGCUGUGAGGUAUCCUUGGUUGAAGUUAUAUCUCAGAAAUGCUGAUUUAUCAUUAGUGAUGUUUAUUAUUCAUGGGUUUGCAUUUCACUUGUCUGUCAGUUUGGCAGCACUGUUAAUUUCUGAGGUAACAGCGUCACUUUGUGCGCUUUUCUAAGGGUGUGAUUUGUUAAGUCUGAGAUACUUUUUGCAUUAUAUUUGCUCUUUUGCUUACAGUGUUGAAAACAGUGAGAUUCGACAUUUUCAGAAGUAAUCUGUAAAUAAGAGGAAUUCUCUGCCCCUGAUUUUUUGGUGUAUUAUUGUUUUUAUUUAUUAUUGAAGAAACCAGAAGAGAAUGGAAGAAAAGUGAUUCCGGAAGUAGCAAAACGUGAUUCUACUGCACUUUGUGUGUGUGAGCAGUGAAUGGGAGACUGAUCAGCAUGAUUGCUUCCCCUGCCUAAGACUAUUAACCUUUUAUCAUGCUGCUUAGGGAUUUGUUUGGACUGAUUGCACUUGUUACUUCCAAACCUUGUAAUAGGGAUCUUGGAACGUUACACUUGUGUAUUAUUCUGUGCACUAAGGUAUUUAAUCCUAUGUCAACUUUGAAAAAUAUUACUCGUUUGGAUUUUUUCCUUGUUUAUGAUGUACAUAGAGACCUUUAGAAAUUUUACAGAGUUGUUGGAAACAUUAAUCACAGACACAAACUGUGCAAUGUCUAAAAGUAUCUUGGUGAUUACAAUGUCUGCAAGCCUAAUAAAAUAUGAAUAAAUGA